GGGAGAGAUCCCGCGGACAAACGAUCAUUAUCAUCGUAGCGACUGAUGAUAAAUCGUAUGGAAACGUCGGGUCGUCGGUAUAACAUGUACGUACGUGAAUCGGUUGUCGGUGUUGCGCCGGUUUCUGAAAACGAAAAAUCGACAUUUGUGUUGGACAGCCUUACGUAAUACAUAGUACACGAAGAGAACUAAUUGAUAAGGUCUAUUAAUCUUAGGAUCUGAGUAGUGCUCGAUUUUAUAAAUCCAAUGAGUACUUAAAGAAGCACAUAUAAGUUAUUGUUUGAAGAUCACGCGGUCAUAGCUCGUCGGGAAGUGACUGAACGGGAAGCGAAUUUUGAACACAGUGGAUAUACAGAUCUCUGUUAUUCUUUAACGCGUAAUCAUGAGUAACAGUGACACAGAAUUGAAGGAGGUUGUGCUUCGUGAUCUGGAGCCGGUUUUGCAUCAGAAAAUCGACAAUAAACUUACUAUCGAGAAUUACACGACCAAAUCGUUGUUACCGCCCGGGGAGAAUUAUGGAAGCUCGAUUUUCAGUGUCCAUGUCGAAUUGAAGAAUGAGAAAACUGGAAAAAAGGAGGAACUUCAGCUGAUCGCGAAGAUGGUACCACCGACCGAGUUCCAGAGACGUUUAUUCAACAGCUCUCGUACAUUUAUGAAAGAGAUCUUUAUGUACGACACCAUCAUCCCGGCGUACAAUAAACUGGAACUCGAGUGCGGGUUCAAGGAGAGCGAAUUGUUCGACAUUACAGCGAAAUUUUAUGGAUCCAGGUUGUCGUCGCAGCCGGGUACCGAUUUCGACGACAACGCGGUUAUUCUGAUGGAUAAUUUGAAGGUCAAGGGUUAUUACACCGGUGAUAGAUCUAAAGGUUACGACCUAGAACACGCGGAAUUGACAGUGAAAGCAUUAGCGAGAUUCCACGCUUUAGGAAUAGCUACCAAGAUAAAGAAGCCUGGUAUUUUCGAGGUGUUCAAAAUGUACGCAAAAUCAUUGCAGGGAGAGAGCAUCGGUGGAAGCAUGUUUAAAUUGAUCUUGAGCAAAAUAAAGGAGGAUCCGGAAAUGAAUCCGUAUUUCGAUAAAUGUUACAAAAUCUUUACGGAAGUGACGAUAGAUAAUAUCUGGAACGACAUUCUUCGUGAACCAUGGACGACCAUCAUUCAUUCGGACUUCUGGGUGAACAACGUGAUGUUUCGUCGCAACGAGAAGGGCGCUGUCGAUGACGUGAAAUUCAUCGACUUUCAAAUAUACCUAUACGGCAGUCCUCUACGCGAUUUAUUGUUUUUCUUGUUCUCGAGCGUGGAACUGGAGAUAACUGACGAAGAAAUAGAGAAUCUAAUGGAUCAGUAUUACGUAGCGUUCAUAAAGACGUUAGAGAAAAUGGGAUGUAAAACUGACGUUUUCACCAAGGAGGGAUUCAAAGAGAAAAUGCACGAGGAUGCCGAGCGUGAAUUCGUACAUUUGUGCUUCAUGGUAAAGAUACUCACGUUGAGCGUGGGUGACAUUGAUGAUUUCAAUUAUGAUAAAAUGCAAAACGUUAUGAUUGAAUACAAAGGUAGCGAAUUGUUCAUCGAACGGCUACGCAGAGUGGUGUUAUCUUUCGUUAAACGUAAUUGGAUCUAAAUAAACCGUUAGAAUAUGAUAGAUCCUGUCUUGUCUUCUUCUGCAUCUUCCAUCACUCGCCUUUAGCAACAAAUAUUGAAGCGUAUAGAAGAGCACUGUUACAGCUGAACGCCAGGGUACCGAAAAUAAUUAGUACAUCACUGUCCGCGAGAUUACACCUGUAUUGCUAUGAGUCAUAUAUUUGCGGUUGUAUUAAAAAGGGUUACAUAGAUCCAGCGGCAAUUCUGCCAAUAAAUGGGGUCUGUAUAUGUGGGGGCCUGAGGAGCUAUCAGUGGUGCCAUUAGGCGGGUGAGGGGCAAUACUAAUAUCCUUAUUUCCAAAAAUUUUGGAAGUAUUGUUCUGUACGCGUCUAAAUUCGUUACUUUUUGGCAAAAUACUACACACAUGUAGUCUUCUAUUUACUCGUUUAGUAGGGCAAGUAGUAAAAGGCAAGGCUCCGUCUUGUAUGUACAUUUCCUCUUAACACAUUCAGUCCGAAGGAUAACGUCAAUACUACCUCCGAGAACCAAGAGAAAACCGACUGACAAAUUUUUGCGAUAUAACAAGACAGUAAAUUAAAGCAUUCAGAAGUGACACCAAUUUGUCUUGUAUUACUCAAGAUCAUAAAUUAGUUGUUAAAUUGGUGUCAUCUUAUGAUGGCAUUCGUGUUAAAAGUAUGUAUUAACACAGUUUGCAUUACAGUUAUUAAGGGGUUGAAUGCCAUACCGUGGGGGGUAUUGCUGGCCCCCACUAUACAUUGAAUAUGAUCGAAUAAUUGAGGGAACAAUUUUAAGUCACAUUAAUAUUACUUAGGCAAAGUAUCAAGGGGAAAGGUUAAAUUGAAAAAUGGGACGAUGUAUGUAAGUACAUAAUUGCAAUUAUAGCGUGUCUUGCUACACACGUCCAUUCGAGAUGUUAAUCUUUGAAUGGUGAUGGUUGGGCAAUGCGAUGGGCACGUGACGAUACAAUAUUCCUUUAUAUGUGUUAAAAUAUCAUUUCUAAUACUUAUUGUCUUAUUUCAUACCCGUAUCUGCAAGAAAAUAUAAGCUGACACAUCACUGAUGAAAUAAACCGAUUGUAUCGUAAAUCCUUUUAACCGUGAGAUAUCAGUUUUAGAAUGACUUGUGAAAAAGGGGUUAAUCGUUUCUAUGUGACCAUAUUUUUCUCAGGGACAAAAUUUCAGAUACUCGUGACCAAAGAUACCUUCAAUUAUAGAUUGUAUUUUUAUGAUAAUAAAUCAUUUAUAAAAAGUCA